AUGGCAAGCAUCUUUGAGCAGUCGCGGAAUUCCGGGACCCUGUUCCUAGGAGGAACCAAGCUGAGUGGCUCUGAUAUUCGCGAUCAGAAUGUUCUCGCAACACAAGCUAUUGCCAAUGUAGUGAAAAGCUCGUUUGGCCCCUCCGGGCUGGAUAAGAUGAUGGUGGACGAUAUAGGAGACGUCACAGUCACAAACGAUGGAGCUACGAUCUUGAGCUUGCUCGAUGUCGAACACCCGGCUGGAAAGAUCUUGGUGGACCUCGCUCAGCAGCAGGAUAAGGAGGUUGGAGAUGGCACGACAUCGGUUGUGUUGAUUGCCGCGGAACUCCUUCGACGUGGAAACGAAUUGAUGAAGAACAGAAUACACCCCACCACCAUUAUAACAGGAUACAGGCUAGCCCUCCGCGAGCCCAAGAUUAUCGGAUCAGAUAUGGAUUUCUUUGCAAAGAUGGUGGUCGAUGCUAUGCUCUCCGUCAAGACAACGUCACCGAAGGGAGAAGUUAAAUACCCCGUCAAGGCAGUCAAUCUUCUCAAAGCACACGGAAAGAGCGCUACGGAGUCGAUACUGGUCAACGGUUAUGCUUUGAACUGCACCAUCGCAUCCCAGGCCAUGCCCACCCGAAUAACAGAUGCAAAGAUUGCCUGUCUUGACAUGAACCUUCAGAAGGAGCGGAUGAAACUCGGAGUUCACAUUACUGUUGAAGACCCAACCCAGCUGGAGAAGAUUCGUGAGCGUGAGGCUGGCAUUGUCAUUGACAGAAUAGAGAUGAUUCUCAAGGCUGGUGCCAACGUCAUCUUCACCACCAAGGGAAUCGAUGACAUGUGCUUGAAGAUGUUUGUAGAGAAGGGCGCCAUGGCAGUUCGACGAUGCAAGAAGGAAGACUUGCGAAGAAUUGCGAAAGCUACCGGAGCCACUCUUCUUAGCACCCUCUCUGAUCUCAACGGAGAUGAGAAGUUUGAAACCUCCAGCUUGGGUUACGCAGACGAAGUUGUGCAGGAGAGAAUAUCUGAUGACGAGUGCAUUUUGGUCAAGGGAACCAAAGUCUUCAGCUCUGCAUCAAUCAUUCUCCGUGGAUCAAACGACUUCCAGCUAGACGAGAUGGAACGGUCGGUGCAUGACUCCCUGUGUGCUGUCAAGCGAACACUCGAGAGCGGCUCCAUUGUUCCCGGAGGUGGUGCUGUAGAGACUGCUCUUCACAUCUACCUUGAGGAAUUUGCAAGCACAGUGAGCUCCCGAGAGCAACUUGCAAUUGGUGAAUUCGCUCAAUCUCUACUUAUCAUCCCCAAGACGCUCGCUGUCAACGCCGCUAAGGAUGCCUCCGAGCUCGUAGCCCAGCUGCGUUCUCGCCACACCCAUGCCCUCCGUGUUCAAGAGGGUGUUGCCAAUGAAGCCGAUAAAGCCAUCGCCAAGCAAAAGAACUACCGAAACUAUGGGCUCGAGCUCUUGAAGGGCCGAGUAACUGAUUCCGUCAAGGCCGGUGUCCUGGAACCCAGCAUGAGCAAAGUGAAGCAGCUCAAGAGUGCCGUCGAAGCAUGCAUUGCCAUCAUGAGAAUCGAUACCAUGAUCAAGUUGGAUCCUGAGAAGCGUGAGGAUGACGGACAUGGCCAUUAG